AUGUCAGGCUGUAUACUCACCCCAAUGUCCUGCGGGGAAUGCCACAGAGAAAACAGCCAAAUCCGCUGUAAUAGAUGCAAGGUCAUGUUCUACUGCAGCGAGGAGCAUCGAGUCAGCCACCGCCGACAGCAUGAGACAUUUUGCGACAUAGUCGCAAGGCAUCGCGCUGAUGUGAAGGCCGCCGAGGCCGAACUUCGCGCGCUUGUUGCCAGCGGAGAAGAUCCUUUUGUGGACCAAGACUUUCCCAUCCCAAGAAACGGACAGGGAGAAGGACUCCAAGGGGCAGUGAUGGACGUCAGAUCCGCACGCCUAGAUCUGCUAAGAGCGCUGGUCUUUAUCCGGAGCCUUGAGGCACGAACCGAGACGUUGGCUCACUCGCUAGGGCUGAUAAGAGGGCCCAAGUGGACCCGGGGGGAAAUCCGUUGCACUGCGGCGGUGAUGUUGGAUUUAGGGAUGGAUCAGGAGUGUUGGGACCUCCUUCAAUGGUGGGGCAAGGCCAACGGUCAACCGGAUGUUGACCAGUUAAGCAUCGUCAGCCCCAGCUUGCCAAUACUGAAAUUCCCGCGUGGGGUCAGCGUGAUGGAGCCAAUCGCUGGCGACAGUCAUUGGAUGAUCUUCGACUGUGUAGCCCCGUAUCUUCUUCUUCUGAAGGUCCAGGCGCUGCUCGACUUGACUCGCUUGUCCCUGUGCACCCCCGCCUUUGCGGACAAGGUGCCCCGGGAGAUCUUUGAUGGCAUCCGAGGGUAUAUCCCGGUGAGCCCCGGGGUGAUAAACCAUCCGGACCUCCGGGGGAAGCUGACUUAUACCAAUGAGAUCAAGCAGCUGACGAGGCAGAUCGAGACGCUGUGGGAUGAGGUCGGGGUUGGCCCUAUGGGGGAAAUCUCGGACGUGCUAUACAAGGAUGAGGAUUGGCAUAUGCAUCGUUGGAACGAUGGCGGCCAGCCUCUAUCUCCAUGCUUGAAUUGCCUUUUCCGCCGGGAUCCCGAAGCGGUGGCUUACAUUCGGAGCUUCAUUUACCGGGAUGUGGUGAAAAAGCCAUGGUGA